AACGGGGGCUGGGGAGCGACACAGCCAUCCCGAUGAUGAUUAAUUUCUGGGAAACAUCUUCAGCAGAAUUAUUUGAAGGUAUUGCACCAGAGAGUAAAGGUACAGAGGCAGUGGCCUGUGAGAAACAGGGUGGAAGAGUAACGCCCACCUUUGGCUCCAGAUUGUCCCAGCCUCCCACGGGACAGGGAAGGGAAAUGGCUGUAAUGGAGCCAGUCCAGGGGCCAGUGACCUUCGAGGAGCUGGCUGUGUAUUUCACCAGGGAAGAGUGGGCUCUGCUGGACCCCCGUCAAAGAGCCCUCUGCAGAGACGUCAUGCAGGAGAACUAUGAGAAUGUGACCUUGCUCGCAGGUGAUGCAAUGGUAUGUGACAAAGAGGAACAGAAUUCUCAGCAGGAAAACGUUGAGCAAGUGGAUAAACACAGAGAAUUAUCGCAAAGACCAAAAAGGAAUGUGUCCAGGAGUCAUGAGCAGGGAAACUCCUGUGAGAUUCAGCACAGACUAGAAAGAGAACAAGGAAACCAGCCAGGGGAGAAAGUGGGUAAAUUUAUUUCCUGUUGGGGAACUCAGAAGGACAUCAAGGAAACCACAACCCCGCAGGAAAUCCUCAUGGGAAAGAGAAAAAAUACAUGCACUGAGUGUGGGAUAAACUUACAUGACUACUCAGCCCUUAUAAAACAUCAGAGAAUACACACAGGUGAGAAACCCUGUGAAUACAGUGAGUAUGGGAAAAUCUUCACUCGCAGAUCAGGCCUUUUUCUCCAUCAGAGAAUCCACACAGGGGCGAGGCCCUAUGAAUGCACUGAGUUUGGAAAAUGCUUUGCUAAGAGCUCAGCCUUUUCUGAACAUCAGAGAAUCCACACGGGGGAGAGGCCCUAUGAAUGCAGUGAGUGUGGAAAAUGCUUCACUAAUAACUCAGCCCUUUCUAAACAUCAGAGAAUGCACGCAGGAGAGAGACCCUAUGAAAACAGUGAGUGUGGGAAUACCUUCUCUUGGUACUCAACCCAUGUUAGCCAUCAGAGAAUCUGCAAGGGAGAUCAACACCAUAAAAACCUCUAGGUCUAUCAAUACUUUUUUUAAAAAAUACUUUUCCUGAUUCCUACAUAACUUUUAAAGCUGCUUGAACUGUUUGCAGCACCGUUAUCCCUCGGCUUCUCCAGAUGAGUGGGCCAUUUUUGCCUUUUGCAGUUUGCCCUGUUUUGAGAUGGACCUAUUUGUACUUUCUGUUGUCCCAUGGGUAAUUCGAGUGUGCCCUUUGUAUCAGGAACCAGGGAGCAUCACAUUUAUACCAUUCCUCUUAUUGCAAAGUUAUUGUUAGAGUCACCAAUGAUACAGAUUGUAUUAUUGUCAGUUAUUCUCACAUAGCUCUGGGUUUUGCUGAAGAGCAGUUAUAUUGGGAACUUUUCAAAUUAUAUGUAAAUGAAGAGAAGCAGGGGCCCGAAAAAAUGUGUCAUUUCAGCUUCUGUGACACUGUAAGGAGAUGGAGUAACUCAGAGAUUCCCUCCUUGCCCAUCACCACAAAACUCUUACCUUUUGUCUGAGCCAUGAAGAGUUUAACUUCAUCACAUUCUAUCCAUCCACUUCUCAAAGUGUCAUGUGAUGAAGCUUUCUCUUUUGUUUGUGUUUGGAGAUGAUGCUUUGACUUCUUUAAUCUUAUAUCAGAGUCACCAUGACUGGAGAUGAAAGUAUCAAAGACCUGGGAGGGGAAUUCAAAUGAAUCCCAAACACAAUGUGAUCAUUUGGAGUUUAAAUCCCAGGUUCCAUCUAUUGGCAAAGCCACCUCUGGCAAAGUGGCUGUUUUUUCCCCCCAUUAUGGAGAUACUAAUUUACUGAAAACGUUGUAAAUAACAUAACUGACCUUUGAGACAGUGCUGAGUGAAGCAGGUUUGAAUGGAUCAGAGGAGAAUGUGAUGGGAGAAUCUCUUGUCCUGAUUCUGAGUCAUCAGAUGUAACCUGCUCUGGAAUUUCACUUGACACUUCCAUUGUCAUGUAUUCUAUUUCUCUGUGAUGUGAGUUUCUAUCUUUCCUGAAGGCUGUUUGGUCACCCAAUUGAAUAUUAGUUCAGUUUGAUGAGAUGUAGCUCAGAUUUAUUGGAGAAUUUAAAACAAAUGACCAUUUGCUAAAGUCAUAAUUUCUCACUUCAGCUUUGCUUUUCCCCCAUCCCUCCAUGUAACAUGGAGAAAGUUCAAGUGCAGUUCUGUCAUCAGGAGAGAACUCUCCAAUGUACUGCACCUGCUAACAAAGAAACAGCAGUGAUUUAAAAUCUCCACUCGGAAAUGGUAAACAACAGCAGAACCCCAACUAACUGAAGGAAGUGCAUAUGAUCCUAGUGUCGUUCAUUUGUUUAAGUCAAUAUUGUCUCAGAUGAUCUGGGGAGAGAAUUCUACGGUAAGUGGUUUUGAAGUAGGCAAAAUCUCCAUGUAUUUGGUUCCCAAAGCAUUUGUAACCCAGGCCCCACAGAAGAUCUCUCCUAGCUAAUCCUAUGGCAUGGGAGAUGCUGCCCUUCAUGACACAGAUAUUGAGGAAAUAGAAGUGUGGGUUUUGUUGAAUUUAUCCUUUGUAGUUGCUAAAAAAGGGGAAUAAAAUUAAA